UUAACCGGAAAUGGAUUGUGAGCGUACUUUCCCGGAAUAAGUCGCAUGCGACCUGGGAUUUUAGCUUUCGUGGCGUCACAUUUCAUUAUAUUAACGGAAGAGUUAAAGAGAAAGCAAAGAUAUGUUAACACCGGCAUUUGAACUGCGACAGGACAGAGACUUUCUGACAGUGAUUAUAAAGGCUCCUUUUGCCAAGGUGGCAGAGACAGAAAUAUUUAUUGAGGAAGAUGACUUCAAGUUUUUCUCGAAACCUUAUUUCCUCAGGUUGACCUUGCCAGGUAAAAUUGUUGAAGAUGGCAGAGAGAAGGCUGAUUAUAAUGCAGACAAUGGAGAAUUCACUGUUGUUGUACCAAAACAAACACCAGGAGAGCAUUUUGAAGGUUUAGACAUGUUGACCAAACUUUUAGAAGCCAAGGGAAAAACGCCAGCAGCUUCCUCAUUGAUAGAAGUCCUUCAUGAUGAUACAGUGGAAGGCAGUGAUGAAGGUGAAAAUGAAGAAGAGUUUGAUUGGCGUGUUGACCAAGUGCCAUAUAAGGAACAGCCUACAUUGAUUGGUGCGCCUAAAUACGGUUUUGCAAACCAGAAGUCUGGUGUGUUUGCAAGGCUUCAGGAGGAUAUGGUGUGUAUAGUAGAUUGUAGUGACCCAGAUACGCUCAGUGUAGCUGAAAGGCGAGAACAGAGAAUACAAGCGGAAGUUGACAAGUUUGAUGAGGAUCAUUACAUAGCUGACCUGUAUGAAGAUGAUCUUUUAAAGCCAUUACUGGACUUCAGACCACAUUGGUAUGAGGAAGUGGAGCUUGUUGACGGAGGAACUCCAGUAGAUAUGACAGUGGAGUUAACUGCAGAUGAAAAAGAAAUUAUGAGAAAACUUCCGAGAAAAGAAUAUAUCCUGGAUUCAGCAGAGGAAACAAUGGUAUACCUUGGUCUUGUUGACAUACUCUAUGCCUACUGUUAUAAUCAUAGGACAACUGAAGGUGAAAAUAAUUGUGAAUCUGGGUGGACGAUUUGCAAGAUCAGUUCUACAUUGUCGUGGUUAGAGGUGUUUUCAAGUCUGGAAGAAGUUUUGAGAAGCUGCUACAGAAGAUGUUUAUGUUACCCAUUGUAUAGACAUUGGAAGCUGAACCAGGCAAUACAACAGGACGUUGUUCAUAUAUUACAGUUAGGUAGAAGGAGUGUGUUGAAGGCAUUGCUAGAGGUACGGAACAUAUUGAUGGAUCAAGAGUGUCGUUACGUGCUCAAUGAUCUGUACAUCACUGACUACUGUGUAUGGAUACAGUCUAUAAGUGAGAAAAGAUUACAGUCAUUGUCAGAGACAAUAUCAAAGUGGAAAAUCAGCAAAGAUGAUAUUGGAUUAAACCUACCAGAACUGGAAAAACUGGCUCAGCAUAGUAUGCAAAGUGAAGAGUCUGAAGAGGUUGAAAAUUUGACAGAGAAAUUUAGUGGCAUUCAUGUAGAUAAAUCAAAUGGGUCGGAUACCGAGUCUGAAAGUGAUGAAUCAGACACAGAAAGUGAUAGUGAUGUGACAGACAGUGAUGAUCUUUCAUCAGAAAAUGAUGAUGGUAAUGAUGAGACAAAAAGUGAUGUCAUAGAAAAAAUUAGUGAUGUCACUGAAAGAGCAAAAGAUAAAAUUGAAUGUGAUAACUUGAAUGUAAUAGGGAAAAAUGACAUUAAAUCAUGUAAUGAGAUUAGAACAGAAACUGACGAUAUUGGAAAAGAUUCUGUGGUAACUAAAUGUGCAACUGAUUUGACAUUUGUUAGCGAUAGUAGUUUAGCAGAAGAAAUUGAAGGUUCAAGCACUGUAAUAGAAAAUAUAACAUUUGAAAAUUCAGCAGAAAAAAUAAGUAACACAGAGAUUAGUGAAACAAAAGAUACUACCAAGAAAAAACGGUGUGCUUUGGUAGAAGAAAUAAAUUGAGUUUCUGCUGUGACGUUUAAGUAGAAUGUAGUCUGUAAGCAGUGAUCUUAUUUUUCAGUAAUACAAUAUAUACUGACAAAAUGUUAUUUUUAUGAACUAGGGCUAUCAUUGUUACCAUAAUUCCAGGAAAGAUGUAUCUGCAAGUUACUUACAAAUUCUAGCCCCCCACAAAACAGCUAUUUUGACUAAAACCUCAAAAUUUUAUGUCGUUGAUAUUAAAUGAUUUUACAGUUUUUCAGUUCAGAAUUUUUGAGUAUUGAUAAAUCUGUUUUUGUUAUGUCAUUUCUGGGCAAGUCCUGUGGCUUCAUAACUGUUCUGAUCAUUUAUGAUGACUCGCAGUUGCUUUGUCCUAUUAAAUUGGUCCAUAGA